UGCCUUGAAAUGAAAUCACAAAGUAAAGUUUGUUUUGAAACAGUCCUAACCUCCGGUAACACGCGAAAGACUCCACCGCUCUAACCUUGGUCGUUGCCGCUCCUUUCUCACACCCACGCCACGCAGCAAGGAAUUAUGAGAUUAACAAGGUCAAAUGACUUAUGCAUUUUCUAUAUUGGGAAAGAUUCUUAAGAUGGGUUAUCAGCCGAAUAUCUUAACCUUGACAACACUUAUAAAAGGCCUUUGUCUUAAAAAUGACAUUCAGAAAGCAUUGUACUUUCAUGAUGAUCUUAUCGCUAAGGGUUUUCAGCUCAACCAGGUUAGUUACGGGACAUUGAUCAAUGGCUUGUGUAAAAUGGGACAUACAACACCUGCCCUCCAACUGUUGAGACGGCUCGAAAAAGGAUCAGUAAAGCCUAAUUUGGUAAGUUACAGUACAAUCAUUGAUAGCAUGUGCAAAAAUAAGCUUGUAGAUGAUGCUUGUGAAUUAUUUUCUGAAAUGGUUAACAAGGGAAUUUUUCCAGACGUUGUCACUUAUAGUGCUCUAAUCUAUGGUUUUUGUAUUGUGAAUAAAUUAAAAGAAGCAAUUGUUUUGUUGAACGAAAUGGUAUCGAAAAACAUCAACCCAAAUGUUUAUACCUUUAAUAUAUUGAUCGAUGCGUUUUGUAAGGAGGGAAAGAUGAAAGAAGCUAAAAGUGUGUUAGCUAUGAUGAUGAAACAAGGCAUGAAACCUGAUGUAGUUACUUAUAGUACUUUAAUGGAUGGGUUCUGCCUUCGUAAUGAAGUGAGCAAGGCCAAAUAUAUAUUCAACACUAUGGUCCAAAGGGGAAUGAUGCCCAAUGUUAAGAGCUACAAUAUCAUGAUUAAUGGAUUUUGUAAGAGUAAAAUGUUGGAUGAAGCCAUCAAUCUCUUUGAAGAAAUGUAUUUAAAAAAUAUUAUUCCUAAUACAGUAACAUACAACACUCUUAUUGAUGGCUUGUGCAAAUCAGGGAGAAUUACAUAUGCUUGGGAGCUUGUAGAUGAGAUGUGUGACAGAGGUCAACAACCCGAUGUAAUCACCUACAAUUCCUUCUUGCACACUUUGUGCAAAAAUCAUGAACUUGACCACUAG